CAAGGCGCAGUAGAAGCGCAUGAAGGCAAGUUGGUCCGCUGAUCCGCCGCUCACAUCAUGGCGCACAGCAUCGACCUGGCGCACAUCAGCUGCGAGGUCCUGCACGGCGCAACUAAGCCUCUCAGCACCUUCUUUGUCCACCGCCGCAACCCGGCCAGCACGCCUCGCUCGAAGCUGAAUUCCCCUUUCCAGUAAGCGAGCGAGGCAUGAGAGGAUCAGGAGCUUGGCAGCGUAAUUGCGUCUAGUCCAGGUUGCUCCAGCGUAAUGCAGCUAACGUGGGAGUGCAUCAGGGACCUGAGAAGCUUUCGACAUCAUCAUCCUUGCAUGGCGAGGCACCGGUGGAGAAGGUAUAAAGAGCAUGCCUCUUUGUCUCUCCUGCGGACGUUUCGUUCCCCACCUGCUCUAUCGAUCUCUUGGCUCUCUUCGCUCUAGACUCUAGCUUCAUCAGACACCCCAUACCAGGCAUUAUACUGCUACUUUUGCUCACAAUAAUGAAGUGCUCUCUUGCAUCCGUCGUUGCCUGCCUGGCCCUGGCGGCUUCCGCCAACGCUCUGGCAGUGCCGACUCCUGCGCCCCAAGCACCAGUACGCCGUCAAUUCACUUUGGACCUGGGCAGCGGUACGGGCGUCAGCGUCACCAACACUGGCGACUUUGGCAACGGCGGUUCAAUCGGUACUGAUGAUCCCGCGACCUGCAGCGGCAUCUUUGUAGCCGGAACUUGCCAAACCGGCUCGGGAGAGGGCGGCGCUACGGAUACGGACUCUUCGGCCACCGACUCGGGCUCGUCGUCGACUGAGGACAUCGAGGUCAUCUACGGCACCAGGACCUUUACUGGAGUGUCCGCAUCGGCGGAAGCCUCCGCAGCCAGUGCGUCCGAUGCCGCUUCCUCUUCCUCUUCCUCUUCAACUACAACAACAUCGACUUCAACCUCUAGCCGUGCUGGAAAUGGAGCUGUGCAAGUCCGCGCGUUCUCCUCCAGCUCUGCUACCGGCUCCAUCGUCGCUGUUGGCGCUGUAGCCAUCGGAGCACUCUUCCUAUAAAAGCAUCGGCGCGGCAAGAGCGCCUCUCUCAAGAGCUCGGAACUUUCCUCAGCACUCUUCCAUUUGAACACAUCCGCACGACGCAUUCAGAUAUACUACAUGGUGCAAUAUCAUAGUCAAUGUAUGCCAAGCGAAGUGCACGUGAUGAGCGUCAAAGAUUGAAGAUUUUACUUCUUGUGCCGUUUCGCCUUGCUGCUCGUAGCGCCAUUACCUCUGCCCGCGCUGGUACCGACUGCACUUGGGUCAGUGUCAUCCCUCUUGUUUCUCUUGGCCUCUCCAGCCUUUCUCUUGCCCUUGUCGAUCUUCGCUGGUCCUUG